AUCCGGUCGGGCCGCCGCGGGAAAUUCAUUGAAAGCUUCCGGUCUUGAUCCGAUUUGGUGGCUAAAACUGACGGCGACGCAUAUUUAUCAUAACUCUUCUGCUUUGGACCAUGUCGAAGAAGAGAGGACUGAGUUUGGAGGAAAAGCGCUCUCGCAUGAUGGAGAUUUUCCAUGAGACGAAAGACGUGUUCCGGCUGAAAGACAUUGAGAAGAUCGCGCCCAAGGCCAAGGGAAUAACUCCCAUGUCGGUGAAGGACGUUCUGCAGAGUCUGGUGGACGACAACAUGGUGGACACCGACCAACGGGGGACUUCCAAGUACUACUGGGCCUUUCCCAGUAAGGACUUUAACGUACGCCAGCGCAAACAGGAGGAGCUGCAGAAACGGAUUUCUGAAGAAAAGCAGCAAAAGAGCUCACUAGAAAGAGAAAUUGAAAAGGCCAAAGAGGGUCGACAAGACACGAAAGAGAGGAGCUCCCUGCUAAAGGAGCUGAACUCUCUUCGAGAAGAACAGACCCAGCAGAAGGCCGAGCUGAAGAGGCGCAGCGACUGUGACCCGGAGGUGUUAGAGGAGAAGCGAAAAACCUGUGCUGUUGGUCAAGAAGCUGUCACUAGAUGGACAGCUCUGAGUCAGAUGUCAACCAGCGUGGUCGAAGUCUGGCAACCCGAAGACGCAGAGCCAUUAAUCCCACUCCAGGUGGACAAGGGGCUGAUAAAAGAUGGCCUUCCUCUUGAAGAAAGCUCCAAUAUAUAUAUUCAGAAGAACGGGAGGGUCUUGCACUUUGAGCCCCCAGCAUUGGAGUUUGGGACUCAGCCGCUGGGGCUGCCAAGAGCCGAAACCAUAUAUAUACACAACCCCAGCCAGGAAGUCCCUGUGACGCUGCUGUCAAUGUUUACAUCCAGCAGGCAUUUUCACAUACCUUCCUUUCACAGAAGAGUGAUCCCACCGAGAGGGAAAGCAUCUUUUAAACUAAUUUUCCUCCCAAAUGAAGAGGGAAGUGUAGAAAACACAUUAUUUAUAAACACAUCUGCCCACGGGCUGCUGUCAUAUCAGGUGUUUGGUGUAGGAGUUCAUCACGGUUCAUUAAAGUCUGUCCAAAGAAAGGAUAGUCUCCUAAUAUUUCCUCAUAUCCAGAGUAUUAAGCUGACCCAAACUCAGGAAGAUACCUCCAAUAUCACCAUAUUGGGUCUCAUCCUUGAGUGCAGCCUGCCCAAGAUCCUGUUCAGCAGCCAUCAGAGCUCCUGUCUCCAGAGCGAAGAACGCCUCAGUCUUCAGAUAAAUCUGUCGGCGCGUGGAGACCGACCAGCUGACCUUGACAAGCUCAAGCCUUAUGUCAUUGAGCACAUUCUGCUGCUGCUGAUGGCCCCUGUUACUGGACCUUCGGUCGUCGGGGAACCCAAAAUAGGAGUUUACGUAUUGAAUUCUGGAGGGAAAAGACUGUCUUUAAAGGACAUGCAGGUGCUGUCAAAAGUCGACGCUAGUCUGGAUUACAAUCGGCUCCUCCUGAGAUCCGACGCGAAGAACUUCACUCAAAUAGCCACCCUCAUCUGCAGAGGCUCCUCCCCCGGGAGCGGACGCAAGUGUAUUCACCAUAUCAGCUUAAAAGUUCUGGGGAAUCAGACGACCUACAACUUGCCUGGCGUACAUAUCACUCACAGAUGGUCCACGGCAGAUUUAUUCAAACUCUCUAUGGUGGAACAAAAAAACACGGACCAGGUUGCUGUCUGGGUGACCAACCCACUUCUGACCCCCUUCACUGUGAUGAAUGCAAGUCUUUCACAAAAGAUGCAGGACGUAAUGAAGGUGGUGAAUGUCAGCGCGCCGCAGACGGUUCCGGCAGGCUGUUGGCAGGUGGCCACCCUGCAGUUGCUCACCAGGAACCUUCCCCUCAGCCAUCUCUUCACCCUGAGUCUUGACACAAACCUGGGCUUCUCCUUGCACAUUCCCCUAUACUUUCACUCUACGCCCUUCAAGCAGGGGGACCUGGUGUUUGAAUCAGAGCAAGAAUGUGUUCGACUGUGCCCGCUCAGGCUUUCAGAAGCCGGUCGCUUGGAAUGGCAAAGUUCUCUCCUCCCUGACUACUCUUCGUCGUCGUGGACCAUCGACAACAAACUGGCUGCUGAGCUGUGCUCCCGGUGGCAGGACCACAAAGACAAACUGCCGUGCAGGUGGCCCAGACUUCCUGUGGAAACGUCUUCCCCUCUGGAUUUUGGUCCAACGCCAAUCAACGAGAGCAAGGUGAAGACCUUCAUGCUGAAGAACCCUUCCACCUCUGUGGUGACUGUGGAGGUUCAGAUUAUUUCCAUGUACCCCGCCCCCCUGGAUGCUCUGGAUCUUCUCACCAAAUGGUUUAACAUCAGCCCUCUCUCCAUCAACAUCAGCACCACAGAGUUCUCUCUGCUGGCCUCGGCACCACAGGCUGGUGAAGUGUUGGGGGACUCAGUAGGACAGGGCGUUCUCCGUCUGGUGCUGCAGCCUUGGGAGGCCCGGGACGUAGCUGUGGUUUUCACACCCUCUGAACAAAAACCCACCACCACCGUUCUCAUCAUCAGGAACAACCUGACGGUGUUCGACAUGCUGACGGUUCAAGGCCAUGGAGCCAAAGAAAUGUUGAGGGUGGGAGGGAAGCUGCCGGGGCCAGGAGCAUCGCUGCGCUUCAAUGUUCCUCAGUCGACGCUGAUGGAGUGUCGUGACGGCCUGCGCAGCAACAAGCCGCUCUUUGCCGUCAAAAAGAGUUUCAAAGUGGAGAACGCCGGUGAUCUGCCGCUGACCAUCGUCUCCAUGAACAUCAACGGAUACAAGUGUCAUGGGUUUGGUUUUGAGAUUCAGCAGUGUCGCUCCUUCAGCCUCGAACACAACUCCUCCACAGAGAUCUCCAUCUCCUUCACACCGGACUUCACGUCCUCCUGGGUCAUCCGUGACCUCAUCCUUGUGACCUCACGCGGCACCUCCUUCCCCUUCACCCUCAACGUGACGCUGCCGCACCACAUGCUGCCUCUCUGUGCCCAGGUGGUUCCUGGACCCAGCUGGGAGGAGAGCUUCUGGGUGGUGACGCUGGUCUUCACAUGCUUCUCGCUGGUGGGUGUGUGUCUGAUGGCCUUCCAUCAGGCCCAGUACAUCCUGAACGAGUUCUCCAGUCCCAGCAUCAGGAGCAACCACAACUCUGUCCUUUCCCGCGACAGCGGACCCAUCAACAACAUCACUCCCAACGGAGUCAAUAAAGCCAAAGGCAGCUGUAAGAGCUACGUGGACGCGGGUCACACCUCGGACAAAGGAAAGGGGCGUGGCUCGCCCGCCUUGGCCAGCAGCCCCGCCCCUCGCCUCCAGUCCUCCAAGAAGAGCUCCUCGGGCGCGCCUGCCCAGCCGCAGAAGAAGCACAAAGUCUCACUCUAUUACUCCAAAUACAAGCCCAGCUCGUCGGCGGUGGUGACGGGCAACAUGGCGAUGGAGGAGGAGCCCGAGGACGUGUCUCCGGACCUGCCGCUGACCCCAGACUCCGACAUCUGCAACAACAACGAGCCCACCUUCAUCAGUGAGAUGGAUAAAACCUCCACGGCAGACUUUCCAGACGACGGCAUCCCGGAGGCUGUUAUGUUUCCCAUGGAAACACCCGCUGCCUUCCCUGACAACGUCACGCUGAGCCCUGGUCCCAGGCCCGGUCUGCUGGUGUGCACUCCUGUUGAGGUGACCUUCACCGACCGCUACGAUGAGAAGCUCCAUUCUGAGAAAAGGGACAUUUCUGAGCACGAGUUGAAAGAAGAUAGUAAAGUCCAGAAAAAGAAAUCGCAGAGUAGCGAAACUGGUGCUGCUUCAGGGAAUACGAAGGGAAAGAGGAGUCGCAGGAAGACAGAAGCUGCCUCAUGCGCUCCGGAGCACAAAGUGCCGGAGAAGGAGCCAGACUGGAAAUCCAGCAACCGUAACCCAGCUGAAAACGCCGGUCGGGGCCGCUGCUGCACCAGCCCCAAGUCCGACCCGCCAAAGCCGGUGCUGACCGCGGAGAACCCGCACCGACAGAACGGCGCCUGUCCCACUCGUAACCGCCGCAAAUGCCCCACAGAGCGCCGCGGCGGCGGAGUGUGCGACUCCAGCUCUGACUCCGGCAGCUCCACAGGCAGUGUGAGGGCCAGCAGGGGGAGCUGGGGGAGCUGGAGCAGCGCCAGCAGCAUGGAGGGAGACAAGGAAUCCUGCGCUCGAAAUCAAAGCUGCUCUACCUCAUCUAGAAAAAGGGACAUGCAGUACAACAGCUACCCAGCAGAGAGAGACACCUACCAGCCUGUCAACAGCAACUGCAAGCUCCUCAGCAACAACAUCCCCUACAAAAGCGACACAUGCCAAAGCCCAGACGCCAACGCCUCGAACCUCGCGCCGAGUUUUGCCUCCGUGGCUGCAGGAGUGGACAGAAACACAGACUUGACUGGCCAGUAUUUGGCUGAAGCCACGUGGUCGGCGCCGUCCAUCCCGCCCUUCAGAUACAACACCACCGAGGCGCUGCCGUACGCACAUCAGCCGCCCACCUCGGCAGCCUACAACGGGUUCACAUGGAGAAACGCCAACAGCCAGCUGGCCUACAGUAAGGAGGGCAGCUCGCGGUGUGGUGGCAAUCUCUGUUCCCGCCAAGGUCUCACUGGCGGCUGCCUUUCAGGUAACGGAACAUUCCCAGGGAGUUUCCCCAGCCAGGAUUGUCAGAACGUCUACGGACAUCAGAGCGGCUGGAGCGAGGAACAGGCUCAGGACCAGUCGCCUUCCACCUGGGAAUCUGCAUCCUGCAUUGGCAGCAAGCCGUACUUCUCUGGCACGCGCAGCCUCUCGCCCAUGUCCAGUCUGUUUGGCUCCAUCUGGACCCCCCAGAGCGCCCCCUAUCACAGCCAUUUCCAGCACGAACGGUCAGCCCCGAUGUCGCCCGUGUCCCCCAUCACGCCGCCUCGAUCCCCGUUCAGCCGCGACACGGAGGGAACCUGCGCUCCCAUCCACUACUCCAGCUUCAACCCGUUCGGGCCUCACAUGAACCUGGACAUCUGGAACUCGUCGUCCAACCGUAGCUCCAACUCUCAGCUGUCCAACGACUCGGGCUACUGCGGCGACGUGUGAGCGCCCCCUUCCCGACCGCCUUCUCAACAAUCGCAAACAUAUAACGGAUUGACGAUGGAAAUGAAUGUUCUUUUAUCAUUAAUGGGGAAAAUGUGAAUACUCAUUUUCUUUUAUCUUCCCAUUUUCAAAUGUUGAAUGUUGUGAAAGGUUGAACAUUUGUUGUAUAUUUUUCUAGAUGUUUUUGCAGUUUUGAUCAUACAAAAAUAAAAAAAAAAGGUUUUGUACUUGAUGUU